AUGGACCAGCCAUCCAAGAAGAGGUCCCGCUCUCCUGAGACCAGGUCAAGCUUUUCUAGCAGGUUUGCGUCUACCAAAGCUACAGCUAAGAAAAGGUCGCCUAGUCCUGACAUGUCAUUCUUGGACCAACCUUCUAAGAACAGGUCCCGCUCUCCUGAGACCAGGUCAAGCUAUUCCAGCAGGUUUGCGUCUGCCAAAUCUACAACCAAGAAAAGGUCGCCUAGUCCUGACUGGUCAUUCCUGGACCAGCCUUCCAAGAACAGGUCCCGCUCUCCUGAGACCAGGUCAAGCUUUUCCAGCAGGUUUGCGUCUGCCAAAUCGACCUCCAAGAAAAGGUCUCCUAGUCCUGACAUGUCAUUCCUGGACCAGCCUUCCAAGAACAGGUCCCGCUCUCCUGAGACCAGGUCAAGCUUUUCUAGCAGGUUUGCGUCUGCCAAAUCGACCUCCAAGAAACGUUCGCCUAGUCCUGACAUGUCAUUUCUAGAUCAGCCUGAAACCUCCAGGGAGAAGUCGUCCUCUCCUGACACCAAGUCAAGAUUUUCCAGCAGGUUUGCAUCUGCCAAAUAUACCUCCAAGAAACGUUCACCUAGUCCUGACUGGUCAUUUCUGGAUCAGCCAGAAACAUCUAGGGAAAGGUCUCCCUCUACUGAACCACAGUAUAGGGUCUCCAGAAACUUAGCAGCUGAAGCGUCUGCAACCAAGAGAAGUUCCUCUGUCAAAUUGAGGUCACCCUCUCCUGAGUCAAGAAAGAGGCAGUCCUUGUCUUUGAAGCAGAGGGUGGCAUCUCCAGCAUUUUCUUUCCUACGCAAUUCAGGGUCUGCCAAGGGUAAGAAGAAGAAUUCGGAUGACCCUGACUACACCCCUCUUUCUAAGAAGCCUGCCGCCAAGAAGACUUCUACUCAGCAGGCCCAGACUACUGGGAAGAGGAGGGGUCGACCUCCAAAGAGUGAAGUCCUAAGCUGUCCUGUGUGUAAGGAGAAGGCCUCUGGAAAAAUGACGAACACGAAAUGUGGUCACUUAUUCCACGAGGAAUGUCUUCAAAAGUGGGUUUCAACUGAAGGGCAGCGGAAUCGGCUUCUUAAGGUGUGCCCUUCUUGUGGCUCUGAUUUUGACAUGAAGGAAAAUAAUCCAAUCUAA